CGUGUGUUCCGUUGCUGCGGCGCUUUCAAACAAACAUGGAGGAGAAAGAAAGGCAGAAGGGAAUAGAAAAGACAGAUAAGAAAGAAACAGCCUCAACGUCCCGCCUAAAUACCUCGUCGGUGUCACGGGACGGCGACACUUCUAAAACAGAUGUCUGCUCUGAAAACUUCGACCCACUUUUGGCCUUGUACUCACCCGCGGUGUCGCUUCCUUUUCCAAACAUUAAAUGUUUCGACAAUAUCGCCCAGUACGAGAGCUUCCUGAAGGGCGGCCGGGGCAGAGCCAAGCCGGAGAAUGUGGAGAAAAAGAGGCAGAAGGCAAUGAAGGGGGUGGCUGACCCGGAGCGUAUCGAGCGGCUGAAGCAGCUCAUGGUGAAGAAGAAGCCUUUGGAUGAGGAGGGAGAGGGCAGCAAAAGAACACCGCAGCCACGGCGACAGAAGCCUCAGAAAAAUGUCCUGACUAGGAUGACCCUAUGCAAAGGCAGUCCUUUGGGCGAGCUGUACCGAUGUGUGGAGGAGAGAAUAAGGGUCAAAGUGCACAUCAGGACCUUCAAAGGAUUGAGGGGUGUGUGCUCCGGCUUCAUUGUGGCCUUCGACAAGUUCUGGAACAUGGCGAUGGUGGAUGUCGAUGAGACAUACAGAGAGCCUCUUCUUGGGGAGGCCUUGUACCACGAGAAAGCCCUCACCAUUACACGGCUCUUUGAGAAGUUGAAGCUCCAGGAGAGCUCAGGACGUGAGGACACAACAACACAGCAGAGCGGCCAAGGAGAAACCAGCAAGAGUCCACCUUCAAAUCUUAAAGUAGCUUCAAAACGUUUGACUGCUCACCUUGCCAGGGAGAGAGGUGAUGGUGAGACAUCAGACUGCAAGACUUACGGCAAGGUCCAAACUCGUCACGUCAACCAGCUUUUCAUUCGGGGUGAGAGCAUUCUGCUGGUCAAUCCUCAGCCACUCUGACAGCACCUACUGUAACUGUGCAACUUGUUUUUGUGUUGGAGUAUUGACGGUGAUCUGUGGUUCUUCAAUUUGUAAGAAUCCAUCUAGAAUUAAUCAUAUAUCAUAUUGGUAUGGAAUGUUUGCAGAUUUAUCCACACAAAAAAACUUGGUUGCGGAAUUAAAGUUUCUUUGUUACAGUUUUGGGUCUUUUCUGUCAUGCCAUCUACAACCUCAAAGUCACUCACAAGCGCACAGACCUCUGGCAAGGAUUUUUAUCAGCACCAAAUUGUACAAUUUCAUAAAAACCUGAGAUUUGAUAUACAAAGCUCAGAAAACAACACAGCACCACCCUUCCCCACAAGCUGAACUGUAUGUAUGUACUACUUUAUCUACCCGUAUUUAUAUUAUCAACCACUGCUAUUUGCACCCAUGCACAUUUGCAUGACAUACUGUCGCGAACAUAACACUGUAAAUUUUGACCUGUAACAAUGUACUUAUUCUAUGUAAAUAUGUAUAGUGUAGUAUUCUUCUUCACCCAUAUAUGUGAAGUUCAAUUGACUAUUUUUGUACUUUGUAGCAGAGAGU